AUGGCGACAAAGAACCACCUCAAUCUGGUGCGGCUGCUGGGGUUCUGCAAGGACUAUGAUGCAGCGACGGGGCACAUGGAGCAGAUCCUGGUGUACGAGUUCAUGGAGAAUGGCGACCUGGAGGCGUGGAUUGGACCAGGUGAUGUUGGGAUUGGACCAGUGUACGAGUUCAUGGAGAAUGGCGACCUGGAGGCAUGGAUUGGACCAGGUGAUGACUGA